AGAUCGUACUAAAGCUUGCCAAACCGGUUGGUUAGCUGAAGAGGGUAAACUUUCAGCUCCCACUGUUGAUAGUAAAGAGCAAAUUGAUUGAAGAAAUUGGACAGGAUGGCAUCAUUCAUACGACGAAUUUCACCACUUUUCCAUCGAGCUGUAAACAUUGGCAUCCGAUCAACUGGUACCUUUGUGACUACUACGAGAUAUAAAUACACUGACUCCAGUAAAUACAAAGACUAUAAAGGGAAGUUUAAGAGUACCAACAGAGAGAUCGCUGGUUCGACCGAUGGAGCAGAUUCAGAUGAGUUCAACUUUGACGAUGCCGACUACGACACUAUUGCCAACAAUGCCAUGCGAGUGCAGAAAAGACUGCACAACGAACAAAACGUGUUUAUCAUUCAACCAUACAUAAAGUGGGGACCGAAAAAGUCUUCCAGCAAACCAGAACAUCAACUUGCGGAAGCGGAAGCGUUGGUUCGUUCAAUACCCAAAUGGACAGUAGAGUACGCCCUGAAAGUUCCGCUGGAAUCGCUAGAUAAAAAGCAUCUUUUUGGCGUUGGGAAACUGGAAGAAAUUAAAAUGUGUUUGCAAAACUUGCAAACUUCUGGGACGUUAAUCACUUGUGUAUUUGUCAGUAAGGGCACUUUGCCUCUGGUGCAAAAGCAGAUACUAGAAGAACAUUUUAAACUUCCCGUAAUGGACCGUUAUUCUGUAGUAAUACAGAUUCUGCGUUUGCAUGCCAUAAGCACUGAAGCUAAACUGCAGGUUGCAAUGGCCGAAAUUCCAUACAUUUGGAAUCAGAUGAAGGAUCAUGACUCUAUCAGUACUAAAAGUCGUAUUUACCUUACCGAAUCACAAAGGCACAUGCUUCGCAUUCGCGAAAGAAAGCUGAAAAAUGAACUGGCAUCUAUUCGGUCGCAUCGUGAUUUGCUCCGCAAUAGGCGCAAACAGAAAGCUUAUCCAAUUGUUGCUGUCGUGGGCUACACCAAUGCCGGUAAAACCUCUCUGAUUAAAGCCUUUACCGAGGAAAAAUCACUCGAACCGCGUAAUCAGCUCUUUGCCACGUUGGAUGUAACGGCUCAUGCUGGCUGGCUUCCAUGCAAGCUGGAAGUACUCUUUAUGGACACCGUCGGUUUUAUGGCAGAUAUCCCAACGGGACUGAUCGAGUGCUUCGUGGCGACACUGGAGGACGCCAUGCUUGCCGAUGUCAUCGUCCAUGUACAGGAUGUGUCGCACGAAAAUUUUACCGAACAGAAGAAGCACGUUGAAAGUACCUUGGCAUCGCUUCGCAAGUCGAUUGGUUGCGAUAGGGAAACAGGGUCGAUUAAUAUCAUCAAUGUAGGUAACAAAUGCGACCUGAUAGAGGACCAUGCAGCUCUGCUAGAGCGCCAUCCAGACAUGUUGCUGGUUUCGUCUAAAACGCAGAACGGCAUACACAACCUGUUGCAAGAAAUUGAGCGGCAAAUUCUGGUCGUUACCGGUCGCCAAAAGAUUAUUAUACGCGUUCCUAUGGGCGGCCAAGAGGUGGCUUGGCUAUACAAGAAUGCAGCUGUAACGGAAACGGCUGCCGAUCCUCGGGAUAGUCAGCGGCUGCUGGUCGGAGCGGUGAUUACCGAAGCCAAACUGCAACAGUUUCGGCAUCUGUUUGUUUAGAGAAGGGCUGCGUAAGCCUACGCGUAACUUCAUCCAUUGAUACAAUGAGUUGUCCAUAGUAAUUAAGUCUAGUUUUUGUAAAU